AUGUCCUCCCAGCUGUCUCGCUUUGACCUGCCCGGGUUUACCCUGCCGCUGACAUAUACACCCGGAUCCGAAGAUGACGCGGACCCUCUUUUCCCCACGGCUCUAGAUGAAGAGGCCUGGAUCAUCUAUGUAUAUAGGGAGAUUCUGAUGAUGCGUCUUAUGAAUACCAUCACAGACAAGCCCGAAUGGGACCAAAAGGUGUACAACGAGCAAAUAACCAACAAAUGGCGACAAGAAGUCGCUCAAAGUGGUCAAGACGUGACCGAAAUCAUGAUGGACUGGGUCAUCAAGGAGCUCCAAUGGAAAGCCGAGGUUCUCCAAAACGAAGGUCUCACCUACGUUUUCGAUAUAGGCGUGAUCAAAUCAGAUACUGCGAUCUCCGAGGCUCUGAAACAUGAGUUGGUAGAAGCUGUGGCUCCAUUCGACAAUGUCCCCGAGGAGCAAAAAGAUUAUCAUCCUGGAACCAACAAAAAGGUAGUUGAUCUUGUGCACCAGUCACUCUUUCCUGUCGUUUAUGGCCAUACGCACAUCCUCCGUGACAAAAUAAUUGGCUUGGAGGAUUGUCUGAGCAGUGUGGGUCAGGGAGAAUUGCUACCCGUUUACGACAAAGGACGCACGACAAAAUACAGCCGCAAGUUUCAAUGGCUUCCUUGUGAUGUCGAACUACUCGAGAAUGAUGAGUGUCGGAUAACUUCAUACAUCAGCAAUGCUCACCCCAUCGAGCAUCGAGCAUUGUAUGGAGCUGUUGAGAAAAUCAUCGCGCGAGCCAUUCCCCUUUGGAACAAAAGUUUGACAUUGCCAUCCUAUGACGUUGGCCAGAGAAUAUCCUAUUUUGAAGUUGAGUAUCUUGAACAUAAGGAUCCCAAGCCUGCUGAGUCAGACUUCGAAGAUCAAGAAGAAUAUUGGGAGAAGUGCGAGAAAUGGGAGGCUACACAGCCAAUCAAACAACCGGAGCCAUAUGGGAGAUUCAAGGCCCCUGACUACCAGGAGCCAGGUAACUGGACUGAUCUUCGAAGCGAAUAUCGAGAAAGUGGACUUCAAGUCAUUGUGAAGCUGGCGAAUAUCGAACUCACUCCCGAGAAUCCCGAAUACGAAGGCGGAAGCUGGCAUAUCGAGGGACAGUUGAACGAGCACAUCUGUGCAACGGCUAUCUACUAUUAUGACUGUGAAAACAUCACCGAAAGCAUGCUCUGUUUCCGUGGACGCGGGAAUGAUGAAGCUUUGAUGGACCUAGGCUACGAACAAAAUCGACACGAGUUCCUUCAACAGGUCUAUGGUUUCUCUGGUGAGGGCUCUUACGACACAAAAGGCACAACGCAGGAACUUGGAGGUGUGGUGUGCAAGGAAGGCCGUCUCCUAACUUUCCCUAAUGUCGUCCAACAUCGGGUCUCGCCAUUUUCACUCGCAGACCGAUCUAAGCCUGGUCACCGCAAGAUAAUCGCCUUGUUCUUAGUUGACCCUCACAUCCGGAUUAUCUCAUCUGCCAAUGUUCCACCGCAACGUGAGGAUUGGGGGUUUGAGAGAGAAAGGACUGUGGAUGGGUUGUUGUCUUCUAAGCUUCCAGUCGAGCUGCAGUACAUGGUCCGCAAAGACUUGCCCAAAAACUAUAUGACUAUGGACGAGGCAAAGCAGUACCGACUUGAGCUUAUGGAAGAAAGAGGCGCCAAGUCUCAGAGUCAGAACCAGACGUUUGAAAAUGGUUCGUUCUCACUGUGCGAGCACUGA